GGCAUUUGGGCCAUCAAAACUAAGGUGGGACUGAAUCCAGAACACCCACCUUCCAGGAUUGAAGACACUUACAACGCUCGUUCGCACGCAAAUAAAACCCUUUCAAGCAUUUGUGGUGCACGAAGAAGGAAACUGAUAAACCUUGGGAUCUAGUCAUGUCUCGCAGAAGAAGUCGCAGCCUCUCUCCUGGGCGAUACUCACGCACCUGCAGCAGUAAUGAUCCAAAAGAUUUGGAGAGAAGAAUUUUUGUUGGAAAUUUGCCGUCAUCCGACAUGACAACCAAGGAUUUGCAAGAUAUGUUCACCCCAUACGGGAAAAUACUCGGCGUGUCCUUGCUUCGAGGGUAUGGAUUUGUUCAAUUUGAGCGCGCCGAAGAGGCUGAAGCUGCAAGGGCGGCUCAAAAAGGGCGAAUAUAUAGAGGUUACAAAAUAGAUGUAAAUAUGGCAGUGGAACGACGUCAACUUAAACCUCAAUCCCAGCAGAGUCCUCCACGAAGGGCUCCGUACAGCAAAGAGCCCCGUCCUCGGUCACGCUCACCUGUUUAUCCGCGUGACGGACGUGAGCUCCGGGACAGCCGUGAUGGUAGAGAGCCCAGACAAGGAAGCCACUCUCGAGAUCCCGCUUAUCGUUAUCGGUCGGGGAGCAGAGAUAAGGAUCUAAGGGGUGCCCCUCGAGAUCCUGCACUCAGAGAUGACUACGACAGGUACUACCGUGGUGGCAAUGGUGCCGAGGACUAUUACAGGAGGAAGGAUGAACCCUACAGGGAUCCAUAUUUAGAUCCCUGGAAUGGACGUCGUGAGCCAGAUGAUCGAGCUCGACCAGAGGAGCGUCGUCGUGAUGAACUUUAUCGACAGUACUAUGAAGAACUCCAGCGGCGUUACGACACUGAGCGUCCUGUUGACUGCUCUGUGAUUGUUGUCAACAAGAUGCAAAAUAGGGAGUAUGCGGAGACAGUCGGGCGGAAAGUCCGGGAUUUGGGAAUGGUGGUGGAUCUGAUUUUCCUCAACACGGAGGUGUCUCUUACUCAGGCUCUUGAGGAUGUCAGCAGAGCCCGUACUCCUUUUGCUGUCAUUAUUACCCAGCAGCACCAGGUGCACCGCUCUUGCACUGUUAACAUCCUGUUUGGCACACCUCAAGAGCAUCGCAACAUGCCAAUGCAAGACGCCAUGCUUCUGGUAGCCCAAAACUAUGACAUCUACAAAGUUGAAAACCGUGAAAAAGAACGGGAAGAAAUUGCGAGAAAAGCUGCCAAGAUGGCGGAUGACAUUCUGUUGCAGGUAACCAUGUCAAUAAAGUGCAAGUUUGCAUUACACACAUUUGUACUUGAAGUACGUGUGUGCACAGAUGUAUGUUUAACAAGCUUUUAGUGACCGUAGUAACAUUUACUUAAAUACCUUUCAAUGACUGAAACCAUUUAAAAAAAAAAAUAGACCUCAAAGUUAUUUGCAUCAAAUAGUAACAUAAUUUGUUCUUCUGUAGCUCCAGUCCACGUCGGAGCUUCUGCAGGAGUGCAUCACGAUGCCCCACCAUUGUCUGCAGCACUCUCUCCUCCAUCGACUCGUGCUCCUACGUCCUCAAGUCAUCUGUCAGCUGGUGCAAGUGCUUCAACUAAGCCGAAUAAUCAGCAGGAGCUUCAAGCUAAAAUCCUCAGUCUGUUUAACAGCAGCUCUGGGCCGUCACAAGGAAGCAGCAGUGGAACUGCUUCUUCUGGUGCCCCCCAGCCACACCCCUAUGGCUCUCUUGGUCCUUCUCAAAACCCCUCUCGUCCAUCUAUGUCUGGUCCUCCAUCUGCAUCCCAGAGCUACAACUCCCAACCAGGCCGUAUGCCAAUACCUUCAGCUGAUCAGAGACCCCCUAUGGCAACUUCAGGGAUCAAUUUUGACAACCCUAGUGUCCAGAAAGCUUUGGACACACUGAUUCAAAGUGGACCAUCCCUCAAUACUUUAGUAGGUUCUGGAUCCACUCAGCAACCACCCCCAAGAGCAGCACCCAACAUGGGCCAGGGCCCACCCAUGUCAAUGUAUCCUCGUCACUACUGACGAGCUGUAAUGGAAAUAUGUACGGUUCUGCUCUCCUGAUAGAAGUAGACGCCACAUCCUUGUCUGAAUAAACGAUUUACAAGUUUUGUAAUGUUAAACUUUAGAGACAAUUUGUAGAAGUUUUUAUUUUUCCUCUCAUUAUUGUGUUUGUAAACUUAAAUAACUUACUCAGACCCAACUAAUGGUCUGUUUUCAAAUGUUUGCCUGCAGAAUUUUAUUGUGUUUUUACAAGUCAGUUAAGCAAUGGGCUUAUGAAGUACCUUUUGGUUUUCCAGUCAUCUGUUAGGCGUUUUAUAGUUUUGCAUUGUGUUUCAUUUGUACGUUGUACAUUGUCCAAAUAAGACUUAAUUAAAAACUCCAGACACACUUGCUGUAAUAAAAUGAUAUUGGUUUAUUG